CCUGUUUUUUUUUAAUAGGAAAAUGAUCUGUUCUGGGCAUCACUGUUCAAUAGAAAAGAAAGUGAUCAAUAAAGUUUCUUACUAAAAAACAUGAAGAAUACUGAAAAAGUCUAAUGAAGAAAUGCUGUCCAUCUGGACUAAGAUCAAAGGCUGCUGGAAGGACACUCAGCGAUAUUAUUAAUACAAGAGACAGCCUAUCGUCACCUCCUCCUCCUUCCCAUGUAUGGCGUCACACAGCCUUGUUCCUGACUCUCCUAUGCCUUCUGCUGCUCGUUGGAUUGGGGGUCUUAGGAAGCAAGUUUUACAGAACUUUGAAGAUAGACAUGGAAAAAUUGGAUAAACUACAAAAUAUGAAUGAAGAACUUCAGAGAAAUGUUUCUCUACAAUUGAUGAAUAACAUAAGUAGCUCCAACAAGAUCAGGAACUUCUCCAUCACACUGCAAAAAAUAGCCACUAAAUUAUGUUAUGAGCUAUAUAGAAAAGAACAAGAGCACAAAUGUAAACCUUGUCCAAAGAAAUGGUUGUGGCAUGAAGACAACUGUUAUCUUCCAUAUGAUAAUAUUCAAACAUGGCAAAAGAGUGAAAAGCAAUGUGCUUCUCAGAAUGCCAGAUUAUUGAAGAUUAACAGCAAGAGUGCAUUGGACUUUAUAAAAUCCCGGGAUUUAUAUGACUAUUGGCUGGGAUUAUCUCCCAGAGAAGAUUACAUCUACUUUAAGUUGGAUGAGAUAGUCAACUCCCCUGACUGGGAAAUAAGAAACACAACUGACUUCAAUAACAAGUAUUGUGGAUAUUUAAGUGGACAAUAUGUUUAUUAUUAUAAAUGUGAUAUAAGAAAAAAAAUUAUAUGUGAGAAGAUGGCCAAUCCAGUGAAGAUUGAAAGUGCACUAGCCAGUGAAGUUCCAGAUUAAAGAAUGUAGUUAGUGCAAUUAUUUUGUAUCAGUUAAUGUCCUGCAAGUGCAGGCAACUUUAGAAAGCACCUAUCUCCUAAACCAUACGAAUAAAAUGAAAAUCCUGUGAGAAUAAAUUUUUGCUUUUCUCCUAA